UGAAGGCACCACUAGUGCAGACCAGUGUUGUGUGCGGUCUGCUCGCUGUGUUUGCUGUGUUUGCUGCUGGCUCCCCUCUGUCGUCCAUUACAGCUCGGUCCCAUCCCCGCUGUACGGCGCAGGCCCGAAGUAGCGCAGCCGCUCUGAGUCAUUGUACCGUGGAUCCAGAUCCAGCUGUGUUGACCCGGUGGCUCAUAAUGGACGAGCACGUUGUUCAUCAGACGGAACACAUGACCACCAUUGAGGCCGGCGCCGUCAGCCAACAGGUCCAUCAGGUACAUGUGACCACCUUUACUGAAGCAUCUAUGAUGAGCGCUGAGGAAGACUCGACGUCCUCACCAGAUGAUGAUCCAUAUGACGACACGGACAUCCUCAACUCGGCUGGCACUGAUGAGAUCACUGCUCACCUGGCUGCUGCAGGACCAGUAGGCAUGGCAGCUGCUGCUGCUGUAGCAACUGGUAAGAAAAGAAAGAGGCCUCAUAUCUUUGAAUCCAACCCCUCCAUCCGCAAGAGACAGCAGACUCGCCUGCUCAGGAAACUGCGAGCCACUCUGGAUGAGUACACCACCAGAGUGGGCCAGCAGGCCAUAGUGCUGUGUAUCUCUCCCUCCAAACCCAACCCUGUGUUUAAGGUGUUUGGUGCUGCUCCUCUGGAGAAUGUGGUGAGGAAGUAUAAGGGCAUGAUGCUGGAGGAUCUGGAGAAUGCUCUGGCUGAACAUGCCCCCGCCGGUGGAGAGCUGGCCUCUGAGCUGCCCCCCCUCACCAUUGAUGGCAUCCCAGUCUCUGUGGACAAGAUGACCCAGGCCCAGCUGCGAGCGUUCAUCCCAGAGAUGCUGAAGUACUCAACGGGCAGAGGGAAGCCUGGCUGGGGUAAGGAGAGCUGCAAGCCAGUGUGGUGGCCUGAGGACAUCCCUUGGGCCAACGUCCGCAGUGACGUCCGCACAGAGGAGCAGAAACAGAGGGUGUCUUGGACGCAGGCGUUACGGACCAUCGUUAAGAACUGCUACAAACAGCACGGCCGCGAGGAUUUGUUAUAUGCUUUUGAAGACCAGAUAACCACAACAACCACCACCCAGCAACACCUGACCGCCGCGCAGAGCAUCACUCACCUUGUGCCCUCGCAAACCGUGGUACAGACCAUCAACAACCCCGACGGAACAGUUUCGCUCAUCCAGGUUGGCACAGGACACACAGUAGCCACCCUGGCAGACGCCUCAGAGCUGCCCGGUGUGACGGUCGCACAGGUCAACUACGCCACGGUGACCGAUGGAGAGGUUGAACAGAACUGGGCAACCCUUCAGGGCGGAGAGAUGACAAUCCAAACCACUCAGGCCUCAGAGGCCACACAGGCAGUAGCAUCCCUGGCAGAAGCCGCUGUAGCUGCCAGUCAUGAAAUGCAGCCUGGAGCCACAGUCACGAUGGCUCUGAACAGUGAGGCAGCGGCGCAUGCUGUAGCGACGUUGGCGGAGGCCACUCUACAAGGCGGAGGGCAAAUUGUCCUGGCAGAGACAGCAGCUGCUGUCGGGGCGCUGGCAGGGGUCCAAGAUGCCACAGGUCUGGUCCAGAUCCCGGUGAGCAUGUACCAGACUGUCGUCACCAGCCUUGCCCAUGGAAACCGGCCUGUCCAGGUCGCAAUGGCACCUGUCGCCACACGCAUAGAUAACACUGUCACACUGGACGGCCAGGCAGUAGAGGUUGUGACCCUGGAACAAUAGCAAUUAAGGAACUGGAAGGAGUAGGAGGCACUGAACGGCCACGAUGGAGAUUUGUUUAUCCUACUGUUUUCCAAGACGUCACGCUGUGUACAAUGUCAAAUAUAUUUUUAAAUGUACAUCUGCAGGGGAAGUAAGAGUGAGUUAUCAAUGUGUUUACUAUGUAAAGAUAUUGCUUUUGUUGGUGUAAUUUUUCUCCCAAUUAGCUUCAUGUUUUUUUUUAGCUUUGUGAUGUUGAGUAUUUUAGUAUUUAUUUCUUUACAAUUAACCUUUACUUAAAAACAAAGAUGAACCAAAAAGCCCGGGAAGAAAGCCACCACUGCUUCACCCAGAGUGCGUAACUAUCACUGUUCUGGAUUUUCAUUAUCAUCUAUGUGCUUGAUUGUUUUGUUUUUAGAAAGCAUUUACAAUUCAGUGCCAUUGUCUUGUUUCCCAUAUCCUCGAUCACAGUUCUUAAUUCCACUUCUUCCACCUCAACUCACCUAAAACUCUGUUAGUGUACGGAAUACCUGAGCUCCCACACAUUUCUCACAUUAGAUGAUGAAAAAUUAUGUUUAAAUGUCAUCUUGUCGUGUGCUUUUCCCUUGUGCUGUUUUACUGUAGUCCACGCACAUGCCAAGAUUUGUGACGACUCAGGAUAUACAUCAAGGUGUUUUUUUAUGCUGGACAGCUGAGCUGACUUCCUGAAGCAGCCGUUUUGUCUACCAAAUCCAGUUAUUUACAGUGCAUGUGUAGGGGCACCUCUUGGUAUGUUAUUUUUUUAACAUGAAGUUGUAUGUCACUUAGGAAAUGGUGGUCUGCAUUACUUUGUAUAUCACAAGAUGUUACUUGGACAUGGAGCUGCAGUAUUUUGAAUGCAAAUAUCAGAAAGGCAUUUCUUUAAAUCCUGCAACAAAAACAGUGCUUGAAAAUAAUCGACUUAGUUUGAUACAGUUGUAACAGUUGGUUUAACUUUCACCACUAUUUAAAGAAUAAAGUCCAAUAAAAUGGC